AUGGCGGCGGCGCUGAGCCUCGCUCGCCGGAUCGUCCCUCCAGGCCUGCAGCCCCUCUGCAGCCGUGCCCAGGCGUGGGGCAGAAGCGCCCGGCAGCGCCCCGGCCUCCUGCUCGCCCAGAGCCGAGCCUUCAGCAACAACAAGAUCCUGGUGGAGCUGGACGAGGGCUCAGGUGUCGCCACAGUGAAGUUUAAGAGCCCUCCUGUCAACAGCCUCAGCCUGGAUUUCCUGACCGAGUUAUGCAUAAGCUUGGAGAAGCUGGAGAACAACCGGGGCUGCCGGGGCGUGAUCUUCACAUCCGCCAUCCCCAAGGUCUUCUCGUCUGGCCUGGACAUCACUGAUAUGUGUGGGAAGAGCACGGAGCAUUAUGUUGAGUUCUGGAGAGCUGUGCAGCAGAUGUGGCUCAGGCUCUAUGGUUCCAACAUGGUGACAAUUGCAGCAAUCAAUGGAUCCAGCCCAGCAGGAGGCUGUCUCUUUGCCUUGUCGUGUGACUACAGAAUCAUGGCUGACAACCCCAAAUUCUACAUUGGCCUGAACGAAUCACAGCUGGGCAUUGUGGCUCCCUUCUGGUUUAAGGACACGUUUGUGAAUGUUGUGGGACACCGAGUUGCUGAGCGCUCCCUUCAGCUGGGCAGCCUUCACCCUGCACCUGAGGCCCUCCAGCUUGGCAUUGUGGAUGAGCUGGUGCCCGAGGAGAAGCUCCAGGAGAAGGCUGCAGCCGUUCUAGCACAGUGGCUGGCUCUGCCUGACCAUGCCCGCCAGCUUACCAAGUCUAUGAUGAGGAAGCCAGUGCUGGACCGGCUGGUGACUCACCAGGAAGAUGAUGUUCAGCACUUCGUUAGCUUUAUUGCAAAAGAGUCCAUCCAGAAGUCACUCCGCAAGUAUAUGGAGAUGCUGAGUAAGAGGAAAGGCUGAAGAGCCAGGCAUCUGGGGCCUGGUACCAGGAGCUUGCGUGACCCACGGAAGUGCUGCAGUAGCUGUAGACUCUUAAGAGUGAAGCUCUCUGUACUGCCAGCAACCGGCAAGGUGGUGCCUGCUCCUGUGGCCGCCCUCAUCAC